AUGAUCUGUAUGGAAGAAAAGUCACCUUCCGACAUGUUCCGAGGAACCACUACUAGUUGCACUGAUCACUCCUACUGCACCGAGUGCACGGUCCGUUACGUGACGACCAAGGUAGACGAAAACGUAGCGAGGAUCAAGUGUCCUGACGUGGCUUGCACGCAACUGAUGGAGCCUUACAUGUGUCGUGAUGUGAUUCCAAAGGACUUGUUCGAGCGCUGGGACAAAGCCUUGUGCGAGUCGUUGAUCAUGUCUUCGGAGAGAGUGUACUGUCCGUUUGAGAAUUGCUCGGCUGUGAUGGUGGUGGACGAUGAAGAUGAUGAUGAUAAAGUUACGAAGACUGAGUGUCCGUCUUGUCAUAGACUGUUUUGCGCUCAAUGUAAGGUGCCAUGGCACGCAUGGAGUUGGUGUAAGAAGAUGGCGACGAAUAGCGACAAAGAAGAUGCUUUGUUGAUAGGUUUGGCUGAGGAGAAGCAGUGGAGGAGGUGUCCUAAUUGCAAAUUCUACGUUGAGAAAGCCUCUGGUUGUUUUCAUAUAAGUUGCAGGUGUGGUGUCCAGUUUUGCUAUAGUUGUGGAUCAUCGUGGGUUAGUGUUCUGCACUCAUGCAAAGUCACUUGUACGUAA